AUGCAGCAAGCACAGUCAGAACUUUCGCAAUCUACGAGUUCAACUGGUACCAACCCUACCACCACCCACUCAACAAAUCCGAGAAAACGAUCGGCUCCUCCUCUGUCACCUUCUGAGAAUCCGGAGUAUGGCUCUCCAGGCUCACCCGAAAAUUCGGCAAACUAUUCGCUUCCUGCACCUCCCUUACGAAGCAGCGCUGUGCCAAGAUCUCCAACGAGAACUGGGAACAGAAGUGUACCGGCCUUCUUGAAUAAACUUUAUAAUAUGGUGAACGAUCCUCAGUCCAACGAUCUGAUCAUCUGGUCUGAAGCAGGGAAUUCUUUUUUGGGUGUGUAUAUCAGAUUGUUGAACGAUUUUACCGGCAAUGUACCUAAUCGCAAACUUCUUCAUUCAGUCAAAAGACCUCAAGAUUUCGCAAAGGAAGUACUUCCGCGAUUUUUCAAGCACAACAAUUUCAGCAGUUUUGUUAGGCAGCUGAAUAUGUAUGGAUUUCAUAAGAUUCCUCAUCUUCAACAGGGGGUACUCCAAUCUGACGGACAAUCCGAGCAAUGGGA